AUGGUUAACUGCUGCCAACCCAAUCCAGUUCAGCUUGUAAAUGGCUGCUGGGAGUGGUGUGAGAUUCCUACAGCAAUGACAAACGGAUCUUCACAUUCAGCUAUUUCGGCAACUUUUGAAAACUGUCUGCAAGCUAGCGGACGCAACCUGACGGUGUCGAGAGGUCUUCUCGUCCACGUAUCGGCAGCCACGACAACAAAUAGCCCUGUUUCGGUUGUGGGAAUAAUGGUGGCAGCACUGGUAGCUUUGGUGGCUUUGACCCCUCUUUAA